CAGAAACCAUAGCAGAGGAAGUGUCAGAGAGUAACACAGAGAACCGACAGCACGUUAAGUGUUGAUCGAUAUUAUUCAUACUGAAGCUGGUUCUUCACAUCGACAUUUUCUUCUGACGCAAAGAAAAGAAUAUCACUUCAGCCAUGGACAGUUUCUCUCUACACUCACGAUUCAAAGUACCAGACCCACCAAUAGAAACACAUCCCAUAAUACAGAAUAUUAUUGACGGCAACCUUGAGGAGCUCAAAAAGUUACUGAAGGACAACAAAAUUAAUGAAUUAUACCCAUGCACAGAGUGCAGUGACUAUAUUACUCCACUGACUGCAGCUGUUGUAAAUCACAACAGAGAUAUUUUUACUUUCCUUUUGGAUCAAGGUGCAGACCCAAACGGGGCUUCCCAAAAUGGCUUAGUACCUUUGUAUUAUGUCUCACAAUCCAAAGCACCACUUCUUUUUGCAGAGAAACUGCUUGAAGCCAAAGCAGAUCCAAAUGGAUGGAUUCCACAUUUCUUUGAUAUCAGUGGCAGAAAAAAACCUCCAUUCACACCACUGCAAAUUGCUGCCAUCAGUGACAGAGAAGAUGUUGUGAAAGUGCUCAUUUCUGCUGGUGCUCGGGUAACAUUGUUACCUGUUGCUUUUGAUGACGAUGAUUAUUAUUAUUAUGAUUCUGAGGAUUAUGAGAAUGCUUUAAUUCGCAAUGAAAAAAUAUCGCAGGUGAUUCAUAACCUCGCAUCGAAAGGAGAUCAAUUUUGCUCCAAAAUCAGAUAUUUUUUGGACCUUGAAAUUGCUCUGCCACGUACAUCCAUUGAAGAAGUGUUUCAAAUGUUUGACAGCCACAUGCUGCUGGAGGAUCCUCGGAGCCAUCUGACCAUGAUUGAAAUCAUUUUCAGUGUAACUACGGGAGGUGCAGAAAUGUACCACCACAGAUGUAUCAAAUGGCUUAAGGACACUGGAAAUCUGAACACAUACAUUGAAGGUGCAGUCAGUCGUUUUCCUAACAUUUCCGAGGAAGAUCUACAUCAGGCAAUUGGUACUUUAUAUGCAGUUUUGUGCACUGUGGAAGAGUUUCCAAAUGACCAAGCGCUGGCUAUAAUCCCCCAACUACUGAAGCAGCUUGAGAGAGAAGAUGAAGAAGAGAGAUACAGACCAGAGGGAGAAGAGAGACCUGGUAUGUGUCUAGUUAUUCUGCAAACUCUAUUUGUGAUGACACAGAGGACAAAAGGCAGAAUUGGCUGGGAUCUCAACUUUACUGAAACGUUAUGCAAAACACUUGCUCCUUUUGCAAAGCAACCACGCUCUACUGACAUUGAAAUCUUCACCUAUGGCAUAUUUGGAAAUUUACUAUCAGUUAAACAUGCAGCCGACAUCUUUGCAGCAGUGGGGAUAACUUCAGUGUCAGAGGACAUACUGACGACUGCAGAAAUGAAAAUGAAUGACAAGCUGAAAGAAGUACUCAGACGACUGAUAGAUCAUUUCAGCAAACCAAAUGAUGAACUUUCAGUAAAACGCGAACGGCUACAAGUCAGCAAGAGGUGGAGAGAAAAAUUAGAGAGGCUUGUGAGCACAGAUGAAUGUAAGGUAACCAAAAUUAGGAGCAUGAUUUAUGUGAAUGAUGCCGAAUUCCGCAUAGCAAAGGGAAGUGAUGGCACUGAAGUCUUCUUGGGGCUCAGAGAUGACGGCACUGAAGUUGCUAUUAAGAGAAUGUCCAAAUGCAACUAUCAGGAGCUGAAGAAUGAGGAGGGAUUUCUACGACAGCCAGAACUCGAUCAUCAGUCUAUUGUCCGAUACGUUGAUUUUGCAGAAGAUGACAACUUUGGAUAUCUUGGCCUUCAACUCUGUGAAUUCACCCUGGAAGAAUAUAUUGAAAAAAAUAAGGAUGAAAAAAAAGAUGGUGGUUUGCCAAUGAAAAAACUUUCUUAUGAGGUUCUGGAGAGUUUAAAGGUGCUUCAUUGUCAAGAUCCUCCAAUUCUCCACCGAGAUCUCAAACCGCAGAAUGUUUUGAUUGAUGUUACCAACAGGGCAAGAUUAGCUGAUUUUGGCAUCAGCAGACGGUUACCUGUGGGCCAAACAACUUUGCGCACACGCAGUGCAGGAACAAAAUGCUGGAUGGCCAAGGAGACUUUAGAAGGAAGUGCUGACAUACGAUACAAGAGGAGCACUGACAUACAGGUGGCAGGGAUGCUGGUUUAUUAUAUUCUCUCUGGGGGACACCAUCCUUUCGGCGACAUCCUUUUCAAAUGUGAGAACAACAUUCAUGAAGGGAAGUACACUUUGGAGCAUGUUCAAGAUGUGGUGGCAAAGGAUCUCAUUGAGUGGAUGAUCAAUGAAGAACCAAAGAACAGACCUAAAGUGGAACAAUGCUUGAGUCAUCCCUUCUUCUGGACUCCUGAAAGGAGCGUUGAAUACUUGAGAAAGAUUGGCAACAGGAAGGAGAUGGAAAACUGUCGACAGGCUGACCAGAAACUGUUUUUUUUACUGGACGAAUGUGCUGGAGAUGGAUCCUUCAAACAGUGGAAAAAUAAGUUUCCAGAAGAGUUGGUCCAGAAGAUGGAUUCCCAGAAGAAACCCUACCCUGACAACACGCUGGGAUUACUGCGCUUCAUACGGAACCUCCAUGAGCAUUAUGCCAAAGAUGCCGCUAAGGUUGAUGUGAUGACGUUGUUUCCUGAUCUCUUUGGAUGUGUUUACAAGUUUGCCAAGAUCCAAGGGUGGAAUUCAGAGACCCCCUUGAAGGAAAUGUUUGAGAGAGAGGACAUCACCACCAGGUUUACAAUGAUGUCCAUGAGCUCCGAGGAGAAACUGAGUGUCCCAGUUCAAGAGUCUCAAACCAGUGACAGUAAACAUUAAGGAUGGCUGGCUUCUACUCAGGGGUCCCAUGACAGUGGGACAUGGAGCCUAAAAUAUUUCAUCUAAUAUUUUAUUUUGAAAUUUGUUUUGCUACAUUUUUUUCUGAUCUCUUUAUAAUUGCAAGUAACACUAUGAAUUAAGGAUUACACACACAUUUUCACAGAUUGAUGCAUCGAUAUUACCUGGAAAGACCCUGAAGUUGAUAAUACUUAGCCACUUCUUUAUUUUGUACUUUGUUUUUACUAUUUUAAUACUGUUAAUGCUGCUGUUAUUUUUUAUUAUAGUACUUUUUGCUUCUUUUGUUCCAUGAUAUCACUACAUUAUGUACGGGGAAAGAAAGUAAGGGAAAUCAUA